GUAUUGGGCGAUAUACGAGUGCAGCUGUGGCUUCGAUUGCGCGUGGACAACCGGUGGGUGUGGUGGAUGGCAAUGUGAUCCGAGUGCUCGCUCGGCUGCGCAGUUUGGGCUGUAACUUCAGGAAUGGGAAGACCGUGGAGAUAUUCUGGACACUGGCCGACGCGUUAGUUGAUCCUGAGAGGCCUGGUGACUACAACCAAGCGCUCAUGGAAUUGGGUGCAACUGUAUGUGUUCCCAAGACACCCAAGUGUGGUGAAUGCCCUCUUGCCACUCACUGUAGGGCCUACGCCGAGACCAAAGUGCUAGCAAGGGACCAGAAGUCUCAGUUACGAUCACGUGACACGUCAAAAAGGGCCAAGAAACCCAAAAUUGAAAUUGGGUACGCGCCGGAAAUAAAAACCGAAGAACCCUUUUCGGAGAUGGCAAAACAACGAAUAGAUACAAAAAUGUAUCCAGCCUGUACGAUGUGUGGAGAUAACCGUGAAGGCAACGGAUUGGGUAGGUAG